ACCUCCAUUGGCUUUCUGGCCCUAGACACAGGCAGGGGGAGAGGAGUGUCAGCACAUUUUGUCCCUUCCUGAGGGGUUUCCAGGAUCCUCAGGCGGACCAUCUGGGACCUUCCUGGUGGCUUCUAGGUUUGAGAAGGAGGAGGCAGCUUAGCAGGUCAUCACUUUUUUCGUGUUCCUGAGCAAAGACCCUGUGGAUCCUUGUUUUUUGGAGGUGGGGCGGGGGGAGAAAGCUCUCGUGGAUGUUGACCUUUCUGUGGUCUGGUGUUUAGUGGUAUCCUUGCGUGGAUCUCAGUGUCUGAGAAGGCUGACAGGGCCUGAGCCCCAGAUAUGUGAUCACAGCAGGAGGGCUGGGUCCUCGGGCCACGCAGGGAGGGGUGCCGGGAGGGCUCAGAUGCCAGAGUGGUCAGAGCUCCGUUGUGGGGCUUCGCCUCAGCGGCCCCCAGGGUCUGGCCGCUCUCUGCGGGUCACCUCGCUCCUUUCUGGACUUCUCCCAGAAAGGCCUCUCUCACUCAUCCCACCCCCAUUCCAGAAUAUCCACAUUGAUACCAUGUUACCUCCCGAGUUCUUUGAGGUGCUCGCUUCUUUCCAGAAUGGCUUGUACCAGCACGUCUGGGCGACCAAGAAGGGCCAGACGGCCAUGGAGGCCACCCUUACCUCCAUGGUGGACCAGGAUGGAGGGGUCCACAUGUUGCGGGUGCCUGUGUGGAACCAGGAGGAGGUAGAAAUUCACAUCCCCAUCACCCUCAACCCGAGCAUUUUGACAUUUCCGUGGCAACCAAAGACAGGCCCCUAUCAGUACACAAUUCAGUGGUCGGAGACAAGUUCAAAUCUGGGAGUUUUUAUGCUUUUUCUCUUUUUUGUGGUUCCUAUCACAACAUUGCAUUUUGGUAAUCAGAAAAACAAAACAACCCAGCAUGUCAGACCAGGAAGCAAAAUAAAGAAACCCUGGCACACAGAUUUAACAUCGGCAUGCAUUUGUUUUUGUUAAAAAAAAAAAAAGAACGAAAAGGUUGUUUCCCAUAAGGUGUGUA